UAUGUCUUUGCAUGCAUUUUCAACUGUUACGGUUGACAGCUCGUCGGUCGUGCUACGUUACUAUGGCGAAACAGCUUAAUAUCGACUGAUCAAAGUGCAUUUAACGUUGGUUUGUUUUCGUUAUUAGACAACGUUGUUUUUGUUUUAUGUAACUAUGUCCUAAAUACCAUUGGAAGAGUGCGUAAUCCCUGACGGCGCGCAUCCAUGCCCAGCAGAGUACUCAACUGUCAAACAGGACAAUCACAACACAUUGCGAUCCGCGUCAACCUAUAUUUAUGUUUGGCGCUUUUGUCUGACUAUAGACACAAACAAGAGCCUGUGAACUUUCCAGAAUGGACGUGGCCGACCAUUCUGACUGUUGCGAUUGAGUGGGAACAGUGAAUCGGAGUGGAGUUUGAACCAAUGACACGGCGAUAGUGUGCGGAAAAGGUCACCCAGACCCCUUGGCAUGCACUUUGCACACAUGGUCAGCCUAUUGCUGUCAUUUGACCAAGUGGCGCCACAUCCAUCCAGCCUUAUCUAUCCUUCCUGUGCAUUGCGAUUAAGGUUCAGCUCUGCUCAUUCAUCCUAGGCAGCCCAGCCCUGUGUCGUGAUGUCAUGCCCCGGGAGAGACAGUGAUCUGGAGUCGGACCAUACAGUAGACUGGUCCAUGAUGGACAUGCGGCUGGACUCGUUCCGGGGUUCCCUCCUGGCCCAGCAGAUGUCAGCGGAGAGGCUGGCCCGCGCUGGGUUCUACUUCACGGGACAGGCCGACAAGGUGCGCUGCUUCAGCUGCCACAAGACUGUAGAGAACUGGUGUGGAGGUGACGCACCCGUGGAGAGGCACGCGGAGGUCUCCCCCAGCUGUAAGUUCCUGAGCUGCACCCAUCGAUCCAGGGUUAACUCUCUUCAAGGUGCCAUGCUGACCAAUGAAACCACCUACAACGAAGACGCCGAGGACAUGGAGUUCCGCCUGAGGACAGGAGAGGUGGUGGAUGAGUCCACCUACCCCAUGGUCCCGCACAUGGCCAGCGAAGACUCCCGGUUCAACACCUUCGGCCCGUGGCCCUCCACAUCCCCGGUCCGACCUAGAGAGUUGGCCCAGGCGGGGCUCUUCUAUCUGGGGGAGGGAGACCAGGUGCAGUGCUUCUGCUGUGGAAGGGUGCUGAAGGGCUGGGAGGCUGGGGACACGGCGUGGGGAGAGCACUCCAAACACUACCCCUACUGCUUCUUCAUCCUGGGGCAUGAUGUGGGGAACCUCCCCUCUCAGAGGAAGGUGGAGGAGACCAGGCCAUGCCUGGGUCCUCGGGUCCCCAUGCAGAGCUUUGAGGAGAGGCUAGGCAGCUUUGCAGAUAUCCAGCACCACCCUAUUGACCACGAGAGGCUGGCCAGAGCAGGCUUCUACAACACAGGUGCACCAGACCAUGUGGGGUGUUUCCGCUGUGGUGGAGAUCUGAAGGGCUGGCAGCAGGAUGAGGAUCCCUGGGAGGAGCAUGCCAAACACUAUCCUGGGUGCAGUUUUCUACUGGCAGAGAAAGGACAGGAGUUCGUCAGCAGCGUUCAGCUACAAGGUCCUGGCCGGAACAAUGCUGCUUCAAGUCACCUAAAUGGAUGUUCAAGUCAUGAGACGGAGGUGCUGCAGUCAGCCAAUGCCCAGAAGGCGGUGGAGAUGGGUCUGGAGCCUGCCUUGGUAGAGAGGACUAUACAAGAGAGGAUACGCAGGGAUGGGACAGGCUACUCCACCCUGGAAACUCUGCUGCAGGACUGCUUUAACAGAGACCCUGACAGCGACGCAGAGAACCGUGAUGAGGGUCCCCUUGAGAAGCUACGGAAGCUGCAGAGGGAGAAACAGUGCAAAGUGUGUAUGGACAGAGACAUCUGCAUCGUCUUCAUUCCCUGUGGGCACCUGGUCGUCUGCAAGGAGUGUUCCGAGGCCCUCGACAAGUGUCCCAUCUGCUGUUGUGCCAUCACACAGAAGAUCAAGACAUACAUCUCCUAACAUGCAACCUGGUGCCAGGGAUUGUCGUCUCACAGUAGGAGUGCUGACCUAGGAUCAGGUCCCGUCUCUUACUCAUUAUGUUUUAAAAGGCAAAAGUGAUCCUAGAUCAGCACCUAAUGAGAUGCUUAAAUAAUGUGGGCCCAAGAGGAUGAGACUCUUUUUAAAUGGCAAAUGUACAUAAAGAUAUAUUAUAUUUGAGGAGGACCACUGUAAAUAUGAUUAAGAGAAUCAUGAAGUGUGGGGAUUUUGUUUUUCAAUGAUUGUUUUAAAGAUGAUGACAGACACUUCCUUGUUAUGUGAUGUAGUGUUCGCUCACUGAUACAAUACCCAAGAGGCAAUGGGCCUCAAUCUUCAAACCAAGAUGAGAAACUAAGGUUGAGACUAGAUGGAGUACAGCUAUGGACAGAAAGGACUUUACGUAGCAGGUUAGCAGAACUAAUGAAGGUGAGUCAAAUAGGCAACCUCUUGUCCAUGGCUGUACUCUAUAUACCCACAGUUUUGAUACUUCUGCUGUACCGAACCAUGAUCUACCAUUGCAGUUAUCAACAGUGCCUUUUCAAAUAGUUUCAUUUACAUAUUGUGUGUAUAUUUUCUUUAUUCUGACUAUUCUGCCAUUUCCAUGUUUUUGUCAUUUCUCUUAAUAUUAUGACGUUGUUGACUGGGCUUUCCUUAUUGGUUUGCAAAUGACAGGUUUCUGAAAUAGAAGUCCUGAGGGUUCCCAAACGUAUGUUCCUUAGGCCAACUAGUAUGCUUUCACUUGUCUGAUUCAUUGUGUGCUCUGUGAAUAAAUGGAUGAAUUGUA